AUGCAAACAACCACGACAAAUAUAACAUGGAAUGGUUGGGAAAAAAACUAUGAUGGUCCUCAACUUGAUUUAGGCUCUAUUCGAUAUACGUUAGCUCAUAUUGGUUAUACAGCAGCAGCAUUAGCUUAUAGAACACCAAAUUAUCGUGAAUUAACACUAAAAAUAUUGAAAGAUUCGAUCGAACGUAUGCUAAAAAUCAAAGUAUGGGGAUAUAUUGAUCAUUAUUGGAAAAAUGUACCUACAUUUCCUGAUCCUGUUUGUCAUGAAAAUAUAAUGUACAGUGGUCAUUUAUUGCAAUUAUUGACACUUUAUGAAAGUAUUUCAGGUGAUUUCACAUAUGAUAUUGAUGGAUUCGAUUUCAUAUGGGAUAAAGAUGAAGAUCAAAUAACUAAAAUACAUUACAAUACAACAAAAUUAGCAUAUGCUAUUUAUUACCAAAUGUAUGAAGAAUCAUCAGCUGGUGUAUCAUGUGAACCUGAAUGGGUUUACACUAUAUGUCAAAAUCAUCCACAUAUUGGUUUCAAACUCUAUGAUAUUGUUCGUAAUGGUAAAACAAAUUUUUCUCGAAUAUCAUCCAAAUGGAAAGAUUUUUUAAUAAAAUACGCUCUAGAAGAUAUACCUGUUUUUAAAGAAAAUCGAUAUUUUAAAAUGUUAUAUUACAGACCCACUCACACAUGGAUCCCAUAUUUUGCAGCAACAGGUAACGAUGGAUGGGUUUUAGCAUGGAUGUCUUCAUGGUUUGAUCAGAAUGAAACAUCAAAUUUUAUUUGUGAUGGAUGGAAAAUUAUGUAUAAAAAUAGAUACUGGAAACCAUCAGAAAAUCAUACAUUACCAGGUUGUUUUUUAGAUAGUGGUGGUUAUAUUGGUGAUCGUAUGCAAUUCAACAAAUGGUUAGCAACAUCAUUUUAUCCAAUUGUUGAAAAACAAUGUUCAAUAGAAGUAACAGAAAAAUUAAAUUGUACUUAUUCAUGGUUUGAUAAUAAUUUUGGAACAUUCUUAGAUACAGAUAAUGAUGGUUAUUUUGAAUCAUAUUAUUAUGAAACAAAUACGAUGUUUUCGAAUUGGGCUACAACAAAUGUAUUAUUAUCAUUGUUGAUGGGUGAAAAUGGAUAUAAUGCAAGAGGAUUUCUACGAAAUAUUUAUAAUACAAGAUUUUAUCAAAAAUUUCUUGAUCAUGAACCAGAAGUUUUAUCUGUUGAAUAUCCAUUAGUACGUGUUAGUCGAGCUCAAUAUGAUUCAAAUAGAAAACAAUUACUAAUUAAUUUUAAUACAGAAAAAUCAAUGAUUUUAUCAACAAAAUUCGAAAUAAAAUAUCCCAAUUUAAUAUUAAAUGUUUCAAAUAUUACACGUGAUGGUUUCGACAGUGGAUUCACAAUGAAUCAAAUUUCUAAUGACAGAAUAAGCAUAGAAUAUUCUUAUAACAGUAUGGAUAAACAAGAAACAGAAUUUAACAUUUUAUUUUAUUAG